AAAACAUAUAUAUAUAUAUAUAUGUAGUCUGUGGAGCUCAUUGUUUUUAUACUGAAAAAAAAUCUUCAAAUCUCCAAAAUCUCAUUUUUGUUUGAGCCCUUCAAACCCAGCAGAAGGGUUCAAAAUUUCAUCUUUGAAACUGUAGAUGGAGAUCGAUAAAGCAAUUAGGGAAUGUGAUGAUCGAAGAUUGAAGACAAAGUAUAAUAAUGCCAUUUACGUUAUUAAAAGAGCACUGGCUCUUUAUCCUGUACAAGAGGUUGCGUUAAGCUUUAACGGAGGGAAAGAUUCUACUGUUUUGCUUCACCUGCUGAGGGCAGGCUGUUUUCUACAUCAAGCUGAAGAAUUUAAUUCAGGAGGAGAUGCAGCUGAUGGUGGAAAGACAUUCCCGAUAAGAACAAUAUAUUUUGAGAGUCCAUCUGCUUUCCCUGAAAUCAACUCAUUUACUUACGAAGCUGCAUCCAUUUACGACAUACAAAUGGAUAUUAUUAGACUUGAUUUUAAAUCAGGUCUAGAGGCUCUGCUAAAAGCUAAUCCAAUCCGAGCUAUUUUUCUUGGUGUCCGAAUCGGAGAUCCUACUGCAGUAGGUCAAGAGCAAUUCUCACCUAGCUCACCUGGGUGGCCACCUUUCAUGAGGGUGAACCCAAUUUUGGACUGGUCAUACAGAGAUGUAUGGGCAUUCCUAUUGGUAUCCAAGGUUCGGUACUGCAGUCUUUAUGAUCAGGGGUAUACCUCAAUCGGGAGCAUUCAUGAUACUGUUCCUAAUGCACUUUUAUGCACGAGGAACUCCGACAGUAGUGAAGAGAAGUUUAAACCUGCCUAUUUACUGGCUGAUGGAAGAUUGGAAAGAGCUGGAAGAGCAAAGAAGAACUCUUCUGCGGUUUGCGGGAAAUUAUCUUCUACUAGCAAUGGACUGAAAAUGGAGAAUUUGAAUUCUGGUAGCAUGCUUACUGCCUCGAUUAUUACUGUGGGGGAUGAAAUUUUGUUUGGCACUGUAGAGGACAAGUUGGGUUCUGUGUUGUGUAAAAAACUCCAUUCUAUUGGUUGGGCAGUAUCGCGAAUUACUGUCACUCAAAACGAUAUAGAUUCUGUUGCCGAGGAAGUAGAGAGAUUGAAGUCCAGAGAUGAUAUGGUAUUUAUAUAUGGUGGGAUCGGACCAUUGCAUUCAGAUGUUACUGUAGCAGGAGUAGCAAAAGCUUUUGGUGUUCGCAUGGCUCCUGAUGAAGAAUUUGAAGAACAUCUGAGGCACCUCAUAGGAGAAAAAUGCUCUGGUGACAAGAAUGAGAUGGCGCUGUUGCCUGAGGGUAUUACAGAAUUGUUGCAUCAUGAACAGCUGCCUGUGCCUUUGAUCAAGUGCCAUAAUGUGAUUAUUCUCACUGCAACAAAUGCUGUAGAGCUGGAUCGGCAAUGGGAUUGUCUGAUUGAAUUGGCACAAUCUAAUGGCAUCCUGGAGCAGAUGGAUCCAUUUGUAUCAAAAUGCUUUGCAACAACUCUUUCUGACGUUGAAGUUGCUCAACCUCUGUCAAAGCUUUGUGCUCAGUUUCCUGAUCUUUACAUUGGAGGCUAUCGCGAAUCAAGAGAAGGCCCGCUUAUAAUUACAUUUGAAGGGAAGGAUCUAUCAAGAAUAGAAGCUGCUUCUCAGUCAUUGUGCCAAAAAUUUCACCCUGGUGCAUUCUCCAAAAUCAAGUGACCAUCCUAGUUGCCCUGGUCGUUGCUCUUGGCUUGCAGAUCCAAGUUAUAUGGACCAAAAUGGCCUCUAAAUUUUGGACUAAAAAAUUGCCAAAAAGGAGAAUAAAGGUACAAUGAAGGAGAACGAUGCUCGAGAAGAAAAAGAUCAAAGAAAAUGGAAUAGCUUCAAUUUCAGCUCAAUUGCAACUCUUGAUACAAAUAUUUACUGUUUCAUACAGUUUAAGACACAAUUACUUGAAAGCUUAUUUGUACCUCUGGGAUCAAACAGCCUUUCUGUUGCACAGAAUCUCUUAUAUUCUGUACUAGUAGUUUAUCAUCUGCCAUUUACUUGGUUACAUUAUGUUACUAUAAAUUGAUGCAUUUCACCUUUCAUUUCAACCAAACUGAAUCCUGGUGUUUUGUGUA